GGUCACAUGGGCGAGUGACGUCCAUUCACUUCCUGUUUAUGCUAACGGUUCACAUGUGCAGCUAUAGCUAUGUAGCCUGUGCUAUUUUAUGCCCAACUAAGAAACGUUACAAGUUGUAGUUGAAUUUAAAAGUUUAUAAGUGUUUCAGACUGUGGUGGGAAAACUUUUUUUUUUUUGCCAGGCACGUUUGAGAAGAGUUCGACCAGUGAGAUAGCUAGCAAUAAUGUAAUGCUCAGUUUUGACGGUAAUACAGGUAAAAAGAAAGCAUCAUUAACUUUUAGUAGUCAGAGGAUCAUUUGCUAAAGUGAAGAACAAUAACAAAUCGCGUUUAUGGAUAUUAGAGACAUCGCUGAAAUUGGAAGUGGCCCAUUUGAAUUUGAGGAAAGGAACAGCAAUGACAUAAAUGAAAUAAUACAUGACCUUGUUGAAGUUCAGGAAAGUGAUUCUGAAGAUAGCCUUUUCCUCACCCAGAAACCACAAACUUCAAUACCUAAUGCUGCAACAUCACCUCAUCUCAGCAUAAGGUCCACGCCAAUAUCCCCCAGAUUUCUUGAGUCUGAGUCAUCAUCUAGUAGUAGUGAAGGUGAAGGUGAAGGUGGCCCCAAGAGAAGAAAAAGGCAUCCAUCGCUCCCAAUAUACAACUUUCCUUUCCUUAACCAGAGGAAGUCACAGUCGUCUGAUGAUCGAUAUGUACACGCAGGCAGAAACCGAGCCAUUCAUUAUGGCGGCAUGGCAGGAUUUUUUAAAUGUGUGGAUGUGAUGUGGCCAAAUGGUAAAAGAAGAAAAUGUUAUGAAUCAUUACCAACGGUUGAUGCAGACAAUGAAGAAAUAACACCAAUAACGGAAGAUGAUGAGUCAGAUGAAGAGGAUGUUAAAAUAAUUGAUAAGAGGCUGUUUGUAUAUUCACUGAAACCCAAGAUAACCAAGAGUUCACAGCCUUGGGUUUCGUCCUUGAGAAAUAAAAUAGCUAAAACUACAAAACCAACAAGGACGUCAAUCUCACAACAACAUUUUGGGGGAAAAAAGACAUCCCAGUCCACAUCCAGUAAGCCCCAAGAUUUGUCAAAGAAAAUACAGGAAAAUGUGGACAGCAGCAGUGAUGAAACAUCCAUUGAGGAAUCAAUCAUACCAAGAGGCCCUUCAAUUUAUUCACACAAUGAUACAGUGCAUUUAGCUCAAGUAAACCAAGUUACAGACCAAGGGAUUGUGUUGUCUGACUUAGAUGAAUUGGAGGACAGUGAAAGCCAAAGCAUUCUGCAAAAACAUUCAUUGGACAUUAGAGGGAGAGAUCACAGUAUUUGCGAUGCAAAUGAGGUGUUGAGUACUAAAAUGAAACAAGGAGAUGUAAUACUGGAAGAUAAAAAUGAAAAUUUGAGCACAUCAUUGAGCCAAGAGAGCGCUGAUCUUUUUGAAGAUUACAUAACAAAUUAUUCAUCUCCUCAUCGGCACAAAGAUAAAACCCCAAGGAAAAUGGAAAUAAAGAACUUGAUAACUGAGAAUAAUGGAAAUACUGUAGAAAAAUUUAAUGAUGUGGAAUCUACUUCAUUGACAAAACUUACGUCUGCAAGUUGCAAUCAAGAGAAAGAAGUAAAAGGACAAAGAUUGCCGGAAGAUGCUGAGCUGCUGUCUUGUACAAAUGAUGAAGAUAAUGGUGUUAGAACCGUACAGAAGAAGAAGAAAAGUGUUGUUCGGGAAAAUGCUAAAAAAGAACAAAAUGGGACUAAUUUAGAUCCACUGCAAUUAGUGAAUAAUCUAGAAAAAGAAGUAAAAGAACAAAGUCUUCCUGAAUAUGCUGAGCUGCUUUCUUGUCAAAAUGUUGAUGUUGAAGAUAAUGGUGAUGGCACUGUACAAAAGAAGAAAAAAACUAAAAAGAAAAAAGGUGACAUGGAAACUGCUGAAAAAGAACAAAAUUUGACUAAUUUAGAUCCAUCGCAAAAAGUGAAUAAUGGACAAUUGGAUGGCAUCAGUGCAUUGGACAAAACAGUGUCCAACAUGAGUGAGGAUGGAAGAAAACUUAAAAAGAAGCAAAAGUCAACCCAUGAUUGCUAUGCUCUGAAAGAAUUUCCACUUCAAAACGCAGACAAAAAUAGCUCACCAAGCUCAGUUGGGAACCAUAAAAUUUCCAAUCUUGUAAACAAUGAUAAUACUGUCACAGAAGGUGAUGAACCAGUGUCUGUGAGGAAAAAGAAAAAAAGCCCAUCUGCUGAAAACGAACAAAAUGGGGCUUAUUUAGACCCAUUGCGAAUAGUGAAUAAUGGACAAUCAGAUAACAUGGUUGAAGUGGACAAAACAGUGUCAAAUUUGAGUGAUAACAAAAGGAAACUUAAAAAGAAAAAAACAAAGGAAGCCCGUGAUUGUGAUGAAGAAUUUGCUCUGAAAGAAUUCCAACAUAAAACAGCUGAAAGUCAAGAAAUUUCUAAUCUUAUAAGCAAUGAUCAUACUGGUACAGACAGCUUAUCAAUACAAGGUUAUGAACCAGUAUCUGUGAGGAAAAAGAAAAAAAGGCCAGUUCUAUCUGCUGAAAAUGAACAAAAUGGGACUUAUUUAGAUCCAUUGCGAAUUGUGAAUAAUGGACAAUCGGAAAACAUGGCUGAAGUGGACAAAACAGUGUCAAAUUUGAGUGAUAACAAAAGAAAACACAAAAAGAAACCAAAGGAAGCCCAUAAUUGUGAUGAUGAAGAAUUUGCUCUGAAAGAAUUCCAACAUCUUAAAACUGACAAAAACACCUUAUCUGGAUUAGCUGAAAGUCAAAAAAUGUCUGAUUUUAUAAGCAAUGAUCAUAUUAGUACACACUGCUUAUCAGUACAAGGUGAUGGACCAGUAUCUGUGAGGAAAAAGAAAAAAAGGUCAGUUCUAUCUGCUGAAAAAGAAGAAAAUGGGACUUAUUUAGAUCCAUUGCAAAUCGCCAAUUUGCACAAUGGACAAUCAGAUAACAUGGCUGAUGUGGAUGAAACAGUGUCAAAUUUAACUGAUAACAAGAGAAAACAUAAAAAGAAACGAAAGGCAGUCUGUAAUGAGGAUUUAGCUUCGAACGAACCUCCGCUUCAUAACACAGACAAAAACAGCUCUUCAGGAUUAGUUGGGAAUCAUGAAAAACCUGAACUCCUACAUAAUAACAAUGAUACAGACUGCAUAGCAACACAAGGACAUGACUCGGAGUCUGUGAUCAAAAAGAAAAAGAAGGUUCACUCUAUGGCAGGAACUGUGCAAAAUGUUACUCUAGAUCUUUCACUGUCUGAAGAGGGUCAUGGGGCAGACGGACUUGACAUCAGCACAAAUGUCAGUGAAUCAGCAGAAAAUAUUACAUUUUUACAAGAGAAUGAAUUGGGUAACAAAGUAAAAAAGAAGAAGAAAAAAAGAAAGAAGGACAGGGAUGGUGAACUUAACAAUUUAGACGCAAAUGCUAAAGUCACAGAAGUCCCUGAAAUGAAUGAACACAAUAAAAGCAUUGAUUGUGACAGCACUGAAGUGAACCAACCUCCCAGUGAUGAAGGUGUUCAUGUGAGAAAGAAGAAAAAGAAAACAUCUCAAAGUGAAAUCUGUCACACUGGCAUGGGAAAAACAACACCUGAGGGAGUGAAGGGGAGUGUUAUAUUAAGCCCAAAAGCAUCCGAAUGCCCAGAAAGAAAAAAAGGAGACAAAAAAAAGAGGCAGCAUGUUGAGAGUGUAGUUAUGAAGACUUCAGAAGUGAUGGAGCUAGAGCAAAGAACAGUGAAAAGAAAAAAGCACAAGGGAUGUUUUAAAGACCAUGAACAAACUGUCCCCAGCCCAUCACAUGUUGAAAUAUCGCCCUCUUCAGGUAAACCGGAGAAGAGCGACCGGACAAAGGCGCGUUACGUAAGCGCGCGCUCAGCCAGUAGGCAGAGCCAGUCCUGUGAGCUCAGAGUGGAAAGUUUACCUCUGCUGUGCUUUGUGUCCCUCAUUUGUGCACAGUGUCCUUAG